GCACCAGCUGGGCCUGGGUCCUGCCACCGGGCCUUGGGUGGCCCCUCAGCUCAGAGCUCCCUGGGGCUGAGAGACCACAGGAGACUGGCAACCCCCUCAUUACCUCAGGGGUUCGUUAAGGAGACUUCUCGGUGAAGUGCGCCUUGGGCCGUGGCAAGGGGAUGUGGAUUCGUGGACGGCGCCAAGGAGUUACAUAAGACGGGCCAGGAUGGAUGGGGACACCGGGUGGGGCCGCCCCAGACACGUGAGGGGGAAGCGGUGCACGCCCACCCCGCCCGGGGAAGGGCAGGGGCCUGUCUGGGACCAUCGCCUGGCAGGUUGAUAAGAGCCUCUGUGGGGAUUUAGGGGAGGAAGUCUCCGUUCUGGCCCGGAUCUAGCUCGGGGUCCAGCAGGGGUCACACUCCGGGCACAGGGAGGGAGGUGGCCACAAUCUCAGCCCAGGCUCCCGGCUGGGCCGGCCCCGCCCCAGGGCAGGCCCAGCCCUGGACAUUUCACAAGGCAGGCUGGCCACACAGCAGGACGCCAGGAGGAAGGACAGCUUGGCAGAGCCUCAGGAUGGACCCCUUUGAGGACACGCUGCAGCGGCUGCGGGAGGCCUUCCGCUCGGGGCGGACGCGGCCGGCGGAGUUCCGGGCUGCACAGCUCAAGGGCCUGGGCCGCUUCCUGCAGGACAACAAGCAGCUGCUGCAGGAGGCGCUGGCGCAGGACCUGCGCAAGUCAGCCUUUGAGUCGGAGGUGUCUGAGAUCAGCAUCAGCCAGGGCGAGAUUAACUUGGCCCUCAGGAACCUGCGGGCCUGGAUGAAGGAUGAGACCGUGCCCAAGAACCUGGCCACCCAGCUGGACUCCGCCUUCAUCCGGAAGGAGCCCUUCGGCCUGGUGCUCAUCAUCGCCCCCUGGAACUACCCCCUGAACCUGACCCUGGUGCCCCUGGUGGGCGCCCUCGCAGCAGGGAACUGCGUGGUUCUGAAGCCCUCGGAGUUCAGCAAAAACACCGAGAGGGUCCUGGUCGAGGUGCUGCCCCGAUAUCUGGACCGGAGCUGCUUUGCCGUGGUGCUGGGCGGGCCCGAGGAGACAGGGCAGCUGCUGGAGCACAAGUUCGACUACAUCUUCUUCACGGGGAGCCCUCGAGUGGGCAAGAUUGUCAUGGCCGCAGCCGCCAAGCACCUGACGCCCGUCACGCUGGAGCUGGGGGGCAAGAACCCCUGCUACGUGGACGACAACUGCGACGCCCAGACCGUGGCCAACCGAGUGGCCUUGUUUCGCUACUUCAAUGCUGGCCAGACCUGCGUGGCCCCCGACUACGUCCUGUGCAGCCCCGAAAUGCAGGAGCGGCUGGUGCCCGCCCUGCAGAGCGCCAUCACCCGCUUCUAUGGCGAGGACCCCAGGGCCUCCCCAGACCUGGGCCGCAUCAUCAGUGAGAAGCAUUUCCAGCGGCUCCGGGGCCUGCUGGGCUGUGGCCGCGUGGCCAUCGGGGGCCAGAGUGAGGAGAGCGACCGCUACAUCGGUGAGUCCCGCUCUCCCAGCCCCGGGACCCCGGCUAAGAUCCCCAGCUUCAGCCCCAGCACCUGCUGCUCAACAGCCGUGACCCCGGGUCCUGUGGGCCCUCGAUUCCCGGCCUGUGCACCCGCUGGGCUGUCCUUACAAAGCAGCCCCGGCCUCUGGGCCCCCCGACUCGGUGACGCUGCUGCUCCCACCGGCUGGGACCUGGGACCUUGGGCUGAGAUCUUCGGGCCCAUCCUGCCCAUCGUGACCGUGAGGAGCCUGGACGAGGCCAUCGACUUCAUCAACCGCCGGGAGAAGCCCCUGGCCCUGUACACCUUCUCCAACAGCAGCCAGGUGGUCAAGCAGGUGCUGGCCCGGACCAGCAGCGGGGGCUUCUGUGGGAACGAUGGCUUCAUGCACCUGAUCCUCGCCAGCCUGCCUUUUGGAGGAGUGGGGGCCAGCGGCAUGGGCAGCUACCACGGCAAGUUCUCCUUCGACACCUUCUCCCACCACCGCGCCUGCCUGCUGCGCAGCCCUGGGAUGGAGAAGAUUUACUCCAUCCGCUACCCACCCUACUCGUCACGCAACCUGAGGAUGAUGCUGGUGGCCAUGGAGGCCCGGAGCUGCAGCUGCACCCUGCUCUGAGCCCACCGCGGGCACCGGGGUUCCAAGUCCCUCCUGGCAAUGCCCGGGUCCUCCUGUCACUGUGGGUGGAGAUGUGGCCUCGGGUCCAGGGCACAAGGAUGAAAAGACCUGCCAGGGCCCCAGCCCAGCCCAGGGCCCUCAGCCUCCUCCUCAGCUGCCCCCAAACUAGGAUGGCCACCUGCGUCCAGGAGAGGGCAGACAUGGGCACCUGUGAGCCACACCCUUCCCGUGGAGGGUGCAGCAGGAGGGAAGGCGACAUCUGGUCCAGGCCCCAUCGGGGACCUGUUGCGACCCGGACGUCCCUGUCCCGAGUGGAUCCCUUCCCCCCCCCCCCCCCCUGUACAGUGGAGAGGACUAAUGAUCAGCAUCUCAGAUGCUGCGAGAUUACAUCUGGGAGCUUAAUAAACACGAGCUGCUGACCCC